AUGCGGCUGCUCAACGUCAAUACUCUUGAGUUCCGAGUGUUCGACCGUGAUGUGCCAGCGUACGCCACGGCUUCGCAUAGGUGGCAGGCGGGCUCGGAAGCGACGAUUGGCGACUUACAGAAUCGGAGAAACACAGGCACCAGCGGAUACAAGAAGGUAAAAAGCUUUGCCAGGUAUGUGCGGAAGCACUUCAGCAAUAUACAUUGGCUAUGGAUCGACACAUGUUGCGUGAAUCAGGACAGCAUGCCUGAAGUGGACGAGGCGGUUAACUCGAUGUUUCGUUGGUACGCGGGAGCAGAAGUGUGCAUCGCGUAUCUUGCAGACGUCCCCAGCCCACAGAGUUGGGACCGAUUCGAGGCGAGCGUGUGGUUCAAGCGAGGUUGGACGCUGCAGGAGCUGUUGGCACCACCAGUGGUCCUAUUCGUGUCUAGCGGAUGGGAGGUCAUUGGACAUGAGAGCACCGACGGUUGGGCCGAGAGGAGUGCCGGGGUCGAGAAAGGACCUGCACUUGUCCCGCGGAUUGCCGAGAUCACAAAGAUACCGGAGGAGGUGUUGUACGGUUAUAGCCGGAGCAAGAAUUACACAAUAGAGGAGAGGCUGGCUUGGAUGGACGGGCGUGACACUACGAAAAGUGAGGACAAAUACUACAGCAUGCUCGGGAUCUUUGACGUUCGGAUGAGAUUAUCGUAUGGCGAGACUGCUGAAGUGGCAAAGCAGAGACUUCUCAAGAAGAUUGCUAAAAGUGCUGAGAUGACCGGCACAAUGCAAGCUCACCCAGUUGCGCGGUGUCAUUACCUCCCGCUCUUGCCCAAUCACAAGUUCGUCGGUCGGAGCGUGGAGCUCGAAAUGCUUGAACGGAAGCUGUUCACUGAACAAGACUGCCAUGCAAUGGCCGUCGUCGGUCUGGGCGGCAUUGGCAAAACACAGGUGGUGCUCCAAUAUGCCUACUCCGUCAAGGGGAAGCAUCCCGAAGUUUCCGUCUUCUGGGUGCCAGCAUUGAGCGAGGAAAUGUUUGAGCAGGCGUAUAGCAGUCUUGCAAAGACUCUUGGGAUCAACGUCGACCCUGAACAGCAAGAAGACGUGAAAGAGCUUCUUCAACGGCAUCUCGGCACCAAAGAAGCUGGCAAAUGGCUCCUGGUUGUGGACAAUGCUGACGAUUUGAACGUCCUAUGUGGUGCUCAAGGGACGGAAGGUCUGGUGCGAUACCUGCCUCAGAGCCAAUCGGGCCGGACGGUGUUUACCACACGCAAUCGUCUUGUUGCGCAGAGACUUGUAGGCAGUGACGUUAUGCAAUUGGGCAACAUGGAUCACGCAGAGGCCGUUGAGGUCUUGAAGCAUGCGUUGCACCAGAAAGACUUGGUUCAGGACGAAGGUGCUACGACAAAGCUUCUUCACGAGCUAGAGUACCUACCGCUGGCGAUCACCCAGGCCGCUGCCUACAUCAAUUGCCAUGCAGUCUCUCUGGUAGAAUACUUGGAGUGCAUGCAAUCCACCGAACAAGACUUGGUCUACAUGUUAAGCCAAGAAAUGGGGGAUAGCACACGGUAUCAGCAAUCGAAGCACGCCGUGGCUACGACAUGGCUCGUCUCAUUUACGCAAAUUGUCGAAAAGCAUCCCGACGCAGCGGAUCUUCUCCGCUUCAUGUCGUGUAUCGAGUGGCGGGCAAUUCCUGCGUCGCUUCUGCCAAGAAUGCAGCCUGUGGCACGCAUGACAACAGCUAUCGGUGCUUUGUGUUCAUACUCAUUCGUUACAAAGAGAGGGGACGGACACACUUACGACAUGCAUCGGCUUGUUCAUGUGGCGGCUCGGAUCUGGAUCGAACAUAAUGGGAUGAAGCCGCAGACGCAGGUCAACGCCAUACAGCAUAUCUCUGAGGUGUUCCCCCUGGGGGAGUGGGAAGAUCGCGCGUUGUGGCGAGCAUAUUUCCCGCACGUUUCACAUAUGCGGAAAGACCUCUAUGUUGGGCGCACUAAUGAUAGAGGCCUUUUGUGCAUGAGGGUGGGGAUCUGCUUGGUUGCGGAUGGGAGAUCACGAGAGGCUGUGCGAUGGUCAAAAGAGUCAUCUGAGUGCUACCGAGAUUUUCCAGAAGAUCAUCCUGACAGACUAGCGUCGGAGCUUGUCCUUGCUCUAGCAUACAAGGGGAAUGGACAGAUAGAACAGGCGGUGCAGUUGCUCGAGCACGUUGUUACAACUGAGAGAGGAGUACUUCCAGAAGACCAUCUUAACCUAUUAGCGUCGCAGCGUAAGCUCGCCGGAUCAUAUCUAGCGAAUAGACAGAUAAAGAAGGCGGUACAGCUGCUCGAGCACGUUGUCACAACUGAGAAAGGAGUACUUGCAGAAGACCAUCCCGACCGACUAAUAUCACAGUACGUGCUCGCUAGAGCAUAUCUGGCAAACGGACAACUAGAGGAGGCAAAACGGCUACUCGAGCAUGUUGUAGCUUCUCAAACGAAGGUACUUGCGAAGGACCAUCCCGACCGACUAGAAUCACAGUAUAUGCUCGCUAGAGCAUAUCAGUUAAACGGACAAUCACAGGAGGCGGUACGGCUACUCGACUCGAGCAUGUUGUAG